AUGGCAGGAUCCCCACCCCAACCUUCCAAACCCACCGUGGAGGACUUUUGCAUGCAACUAGUCAAGAGAAUCAUGAAAGACGUCCUCGAUGAGAAGAUCACCAUCAAGGAGGACAUCCUCGACCAGAAGAAGCCCUUCUACAUCGAAUGCACGCAGCUGCCGGUCUUGCUAUGCGCUAUCCCUCUUCCCAAACCCGCCAACCCGCUCAUCGAAACGGAUAAAGAAAAUUUCACAGCCAACCUCCGGUAUGGGCUGAAUCUACUGGCACGCGGUGCUAAAGGUUGGCAACACGAAAUCAUGCACGUGCGCUGGCAGUUCAAGCUCAAUGUCAUUGCCGAUAAACACGGCGACAAGGUGGUCCUGGAGCAGUACGACGACCCGGACUCCGGGUAUAAGUGCGACAUGUGUAAGAAGGCGUAUCGGAACUUACCUGACGAGGUUGUAAAACAGGACAAGUAG